AUGUCGACGCCAUUGUCUUCUACAAUGGGAAGCGGCAACGUGACAAACAAGCCUACUAUUAUAGCUGAUCCAGGUGAUAUCAAUGCUGAACCCUUGUCCAUGGGGACAAAUCGCCACCGACGAACGAGCAGUAUUAUCAUGCUCAAGCAUAUGCGCGAAACACCAGAGCAGCUCGUUGAUCAAGCUGUCGGCCCAAAUGUGAACGCGGAAUGGGUGAAUAUGAAAGGUGCAUGGGUUAUCCAUGUCGUUCUCAUCGUGCUGGGCAAAUUUAUUAUCAAUGCCGUUCCAGGCAUUUCUGACUCGAUGCGCUGGACAAUUGUAAAUUUGGGAUACAUGGUUGUUUCCUAUAUUAUUUUCCAUUACGUCAAGGGUGCACCUCUGGAUUUGAACAGUGGCGCAUACGACGAGCUGACUCUUUGGGAGCAGAUCGAUCAAGGAUACCAAUACACCCCGGCGAAAAAGUAUCUCACAAGUUUGCCCAUUGCUUUAUUCCUGCUUUCGACUCACUAUUCCCAUUAUAACCCAUGGUUGUUCACACUGAAUUUGAUGGCUCUGCUCGUCGUCUUAUUCCCCAAACUUCCAAUCUUCUACCGCUCGCGUCUUUUCAUCUUCCCAAAGCAGCCUGGUACAGGUGCCAAUACACCCACGCGUCAGCUUUCCGUUGGCCUUGAGGGUCCAUGGACCCAAUCCUAA